UUGCCUCGCUCCAACGGGCAAUUGGAGCAGCUGCGUCGACGUCGGCAGCGGCAGCGGACCAGAAGUGUCCACGCCCCAAAUGUUUACGGGCGUGAAAAGUGCGGAAAAGCGGGGAAACUAAUUGGGUUCUCGUCUCCCGUUCGCCCCCAGCAUCCACACCCAUGUUGACCGAAGCCCCCAUGGCCAGCGAGAACAUCAUGGACGAAUUAGCCUCUCUGAUACGCACCGAGAUCCCCGACGGCCGCCAGAGUCUGCGGGACAGCUACACGAACCUGGAGCGGGUGGCCGACUACUGCGAGGACACCUACUACCGCGCGGACAACAAAAAGGCGGCCCUGGAGGCCACCAAGAACUACACCACCCAGUCGCUGGCCAGCGUCGCCUACCAGAUCAACACGCUCGCCUACAGCUACAUGCAGCUGCUCGAGCUCCAGGCCCAGCAGCUCGGCGAGAUGGAGUCCCAGAUGAACCACAUCGCCCAGACGGUGCACAUCCACAAGGAGAAGGUGGCCAGGAGGGAGAUUGGCGUGCUGACGGCCAACAAGGUGAGCUCGCGCCAGUUCAAGAUCGUGGCGCCCAUCAAUCCAGAGAAGCCCAUCAAGUACGUGCGCAAGCCCAUCGACUACUCGAUGCUGGACGAGAUUGGCCACGGCAUCAACUCGGCCUCCCACUCGCAAGUACGGCAGAAGCACCGGGGCUCCAGCCACGGGUCCGUGCAAUCCCUGUUGCCCCCGUCGGUGGGUCCACCGCCGACCACGAAGCCACCGACUCCGCCGCAGAUGUCGCGGGCUGGAAACACCGGCACCCUGGGCAAGUCGGUCAGCAAUACUGGGACUCUGGGCAAGAGCUCGCGGGAAUACCGCACUCCGCCGGUGGUCAAUCCACCGCAGGUGCCCUCGCACUAUGCCCCCAACUAUCCGAUUGGUCAUCCGAAGCGCAUGUCGACGGCCUCUUCCACGAUGACCACCACCACCACAGGCGGUGGGGCGGCGGGCAAUGAGCGAGCUGCUGGGUACAGUGCACUGCCGAUGCCGCCCAGCCAGCAGAUAGCCACCCAUGUGAACCUGCCAUCCGCGGGCAUGAUGCAAUCGCUGCCACCACCGCCACCCACUACGUACGACGAUCGGAGCAGCAUGCCACCAGCUCCACCCUCGCCGCUGACGGUGUCACAGCACGAGAUGACUGAGCAGAGUCACAUUGGUAUGCACACCCUGGGACGCAACAUCAACAGGAAUCCAAAUCGAAACCAUUUCAGCUUGAACUUUGCUCGUCCCGGCUCCCAGUCGCCGCCCUUGCCGCCUCCGCCGCCGCCAGAGGAUGAGCACCAGGACUUCGGACGACCACGCACCUCGACGGGACCGCAGCUGGCGCCCAUAGUGCCCGAGGACCAGAAUUUACCCGGCUGGGUGCCCAAGAAUUUCAUUGAGAAGGUGGUAGCCAUUUACGACUAUUAUGCCGACAAGGACGAUGAGCUCAGUUUCCAGGAGAGCUCGGUGCUGUACGUGCUCAAGAAGAACGACGACGGCUGGUGGGAGGGCGUCAUGGAUGGUGUGACCGGCCUGUUUCCGGGCAACUACGUAGAGCCCUGUGUCUAAGCCUCGCCGCGAUAUUCUAAACAUGCCAACCAUUACAAUAAUCUGCAUUAUCUGGUCUGUUCCAGUCCUCCGAUGCUUCUCAAGAACCUCCACGAUUUCGUUUCAGUUAUCGAGGGCGGUUUUGGGGACAACUGAGGACCGCAACAGGCUCAGUUGACAAUGACGAUAACAUUUUGAGCAUAUUGAUAAGGACAAUUAUACAAUUACACAUCUACACAAGCACAGCAGGCCAGAGAAAGCGAAGAGAAUUCCAUUAGCAUCAGCCAAUUGCAUUUAGUCUAAUAUAAACGAGCACACACACAGGAUCCAGGGGCUCAGUAUCACGCUUGCUGCCCCACUAAACCUAUUUACACUCUAGUAGCCGAAAACGAUGCAUCGAGGGGUGAGGCGAUGGCGGAAGCCCGUAAAUAACUUACGCGAUAUUCUAAAAUUGUUCCACAGACGUAGACGAAUUCAGUCCUGACCCCCCAACGCCUCCAGCCCAAUUACUUUAAAUAUUUGCUCACUGUUUUGUCAAGCGGUUUCUGUUUGCCUUGCGCUUGGUUAUUCCCGGCUAUUAUACACCUAUACUACCCACACCUAUCUACACCUUACUCCCCCAGCAAUAAUGUAGGUUAUAUAAAUUUCAGUUAGCAUUUAAUACUUAAGUAUUGGCCAGUUGGAACUUUUGUUUGCACUUUUACGAACCGCAACGAUUACUUUUUUUGCGAACGUUUAGUUAAAAUGGAAUUGCCAGCAACGGAAUCAAAUUAAAUUUAUACAAUACAAUUACACACACGCUCUAUAUGGUAAAAAAUAAUAGCUAAUAAAAAUUUCAAUUACUAAACCUCAA